AACUCACACGGCGACGCAUGCGACCGAAGAGGAGUUGGAGUCCCCGCCCUCAGCGACCGGCUAACCCACAUCCCUUCCCGCUGCCGCCUCGCCGCCGGCAGCCGGCCGCCGUCUCGGUCUAACCGGCCGGCCCAAAGGAGGAAGACGAGGCGAGUCCUCACGGCGUCGCGCCCCCAUGGACAUACUCGAGAAAAUUCGCGGAGGCGGCGACAAACCGGCCGGGAUGGAGACGCCCCGGAAGCCGGAGUCCUGGGUGGAGAUUUCAGAGUCCGUCUCGCGGCUCUGCAGCUUCGACGCCGGCGGGGGCGGGGGCGUAUCUGUUAAACUUGUCCAGGAUAACAGGAUGGCACAUGAUAAGUUGGUUGAUUCUUUCUUGAACAAGUUUUUUCCAUCAGGUUAUCCAUACAGUGUGAAUGAAGGUUACCUAACAUAUACCAAAUUCCGAGCACUCCAGCAUUUUUCUAGUGCUAUGCUGCAUGUGUUAUCGACCCAGUCUUUAUUAUUUGCUGCAGGUCUACGGCCUACCCCUGCACAAGCAACGGCUGUAAGUUGGAUUCUAAAAGAUGGGAUGCAGCAUGCGGGAAAGCUCAUAUGUAGCGGCAUGGGGGCAAGAAUGGAUUCAGAGCCAAAGAGUUGGAGGAUAUUUGCUGAUGUUCUCUAUGAUUUUGGUACCGCCUUGGACUUCAUUUCACCACUGUGUCCACAACUUUUUCUUGAAGUGGCGGGCUUGGGAAAUUUCGCAAAGGGAAUGGCUGUGGUUGCUGCCAGAGCGACAAGGCUACCGAUAUAUUCAUCUUUUGCCAAAGAAGGUAACCUUAGUGACUUGUUUGCUAAAGGGGAAGCCAUCUCGACACUUUUCAAUGUUAUGGGGAUAGGAGCUGGCAUUGGAUUAUCAUCUACUGUAUGUUCAACAACUCAAGGGAAGCUAAUCAUAGGCCCGUUGCUUUCUGCCGUACAUAUAUGGGGAGUCGUGCAAGAGAUGAGGGCAACUCCUAUAAACACACUUAAUCCACAAAGAACAGCAAUGGUGGUUGCUGAUUUCAUUAAGAGUGGAAAGGUUUCAAGCCCAGCGGAGCUGAGAUACAGAGAAGAUCUUCUGUUCCCAAACCGGUUAAUAGAAGAAGCAGGCAGUGUGAAAGUUGGGCAACCGCUUCGCAGGGUUUUGAGCCCACGUGAUGUCGAACAGCUGAGGUCUACCUUCCCAAAGGAGAAAUUUCUACUCGCCCAAAAAGGCGACAAGGCUUACAUGGUCCUUGAGCAGAGCGCAACUGGAGAGGAUGCGCUUCGGGGGUGGCUGGUCGCUGCCUUGGCUUCGGAGAUGGAGAGAUCAGGUGCUGGAUCGCGCGACGCCGUCCUGAAUGACGCCUAUCAGAAGAUGGAGAGCGUGUUCCCCAUGUUCGUUUCGGAAGUGAAGAGCAGGGGCUGGUACACGGGCCAGUUCUUGGAUGGAAAUCACAGCCGGAUCGCAUACGCGAAAUCCGAAUGACCGCGCAUGCUGGAUGAAGCGCAGGCGGCGCGUCCCGCCUGUGAUUUGCGGAGCUGGACGGAUCAAUUUUGUUUCAUGUCACGUUGUUUGCGGCAAAACAAUUUUUUUUGUGUGUGUGUCUGUCAGUCGUCAGUCGUAGGAUCGCCAUUCUAUUUGUAUGCGCCUUCGGUGCAGUGUAUGGGUGCACUGAAACGAAUGGAUGAUUUGGCUUCAGGGCUUCCUGAAACCAUACACGAAACGGAAAACCAACACUUGAAAGGAGGCUGCAUCUGUUUGACUA